AUGUCAGAAGAUAAUAAAAAAACUCCAAACGAGGUUGGAGCUAAUGCGACUCCUGAAGCUUUAGCACAAAAAAGACGACUUAACAUGGAGUUUCAGGCAGAUCAAAAAGCAAUUGAGAUGAAUGAAAGUGAAUAA